GGCAUUGGCACAGUCCACACACGGCUCUCCUGGCAGCCAACACGGGCCUCCAGACCUCAGGGAAAACCAUGGAGACAUCAGGACCCUCCUCCCAGACUCCAGAUCACAGUCGAGUCCAUGGAGAAACAGAAGAUCUAGACUAUGAAGAGACGGAUUUCCACAAGUCAGACAGGGAGGCUGGACUCCUUUCUCAUGAACAACCCAAGAGAGACGAGUCUUCUACCUCCUUCUCCUCUUCCUCCCUGUCAUCCUGCUCUUCCUCAGGUGCUGAGCAUGAGGAGCCUGACCUUUUGAAGGAUGAGCUUCAGCUCUAUGGAGGUGCCCCUGGAGAGGUGGUGCCCUCUGGAGAAUCAGGACUCCGAAGAAGAGGCUCUGACCCAGCAAGUGGAGAAGUGGAGGCCUCUGAGUUAAGAAGACUGAAUAUAAAGAAAGAUGAUGAGUUUUUCCAUUUUGUCCUGCUCUGCUUUGCCAUUGGGACCUUGCUGGUGUGUUAUCACUAUUAUGCAGACUGGUUCAUGUCCCUUGGGGUCGGCCUGCUCACCUUCGCCUCCCUGGAGACCGUCGGCAUCUACUUUGGGCUGGUGUACCGGAUCCACAGCAUCCUGCAUGGCUUCAUCCCCCUCUUUCAGAAGCUUAGGCUGAUGGGAUUCAGGAAGACCGACUGAGGCCAGUGCUGGGCCGGCAGCCGCGCUGGGCCCCAGUAUGACCACCACUGCAUCCCCUGAAUGUGCAAGGGCAGAGCCCCAUUCUGGGAGACACGCGGGCGGGCCAGUCUAGAGCAAUAAAGAGAGCACUUUUCCUUCCGUGUCGUCUGAACGUUGGCACCAGCCUGGACCCAGGUAUCAUUUGGGCAGUAUUGGCAUGCAAUCCAGCUGCCAGGAUGGAAAGCAGAGGCAAGGUGCCAGGCCUAUGCCCUUUGCGGUUCCUGGAUCAACAGGAGGAUUCUAGGAUGUCACUGCUCUCAGGAGACAGUAGGAGACCCCUGGGCUCUGCAAGCUGUCAUUCGUGUGGGCUCCUGAUUCCUCUCAAAUCCCCAGGCCAUCCAGGUGGGGUGAGAGAGGAAAGAGAGCCCACUGCCCCGAGGCAGGGAGCCAUCAUGCCGGGCCCCUAGGGUGAACCUGAUACAGGCGAGCUGCUGGGGACUAAAGCCACAGCAUCAAGGCAUCUUCUCUAGCCCCAUUGCCUAGUGCCAGCCCCGCUGCCUUGGAUUCCAUUAAGAUUCAAAUAAACGUUUUCUUCCCUGGACUAAA